CAUACCUACAUCUCGCUUUUGUUCAUCGAAUCUGGGAUGAAGCAAGAGCAGGCCAGUCUUCGGUUGGCGUUGGUGGGCGUCGUCAUGAACUGCUUCAUGCUUUCAAUGGCAUAUUUCAGUUUGAGCCAUGGAUAGCAAUGACUGGUUUCACAAGUUACAAUGUUGACCCGUACUUCCACAGUUUCAUUUCUCACUGGAAUCCGAACCACCACUGUCUCUCCUCGAAUUCCGAGUCCUUACCCUGCACCCUCUCUGUCAAGCAGCUCGACGUUUUCUGAGGCUCCUCUGAUAUUUUCAUGCUUGUCGAGACAAUAUGGACAUACUACUUUCUCUCCCGAUCGUGUCGUAUCUCUUCUCGUCUCCGCUGACGUCAUGGUCAACGUCGCUCAACCUCCUCUUCUUCUACAUGACAUGGUCGACGUUGGUCUUGACCUACAGCCCUCUCCAGAUCGAAGUAGCCGCCGCUACAGCGCUGCGCAUAGUGUUCUGGCUGGCGCCGUCGCUCAUCUUCCUCGCAUUCGACACCCUCGUACCGUCCCUGGCCGAAAACCUCAAGCACCAUGGCGCCUCGGCUCUCCCUCCCAGGGAGUCCAGGUCUCUCCUGCGCGUCGCCGGACUGGCCCUGCUGAAUCUAGCCCUGGAGACUGUGAUUGAGGCCGCACUAUCCCUCGGCCUCUCAAUGUUCCUCGGAGCCCCCGUCCUCCGCACCGCAACGACACUCCCGCUCCCUUGGCAAAUGUUCAAGCACAUCGCUCUCCUCCUCACCGCCCGCGAGGUUCUGACCUACUACAUCCACCGCUACGCGCUGCACAGGCAGCCCGCGCCAACGGAACCGAACCCCGCCGGCAACCGACUCGUGCGCUGGCACACGCAAUCCCCAGCACACGCCCGGCGCGCGCCGCCCUUCUCUUUGCUGCUGCGCGCCGAUCACCCGGUGCCGUACCUCUUGCACCGCUUCCUGCCGACGUACCUGCCCAGCGUCGCCCUUGCCGCGUUGACGCCGGAGGGGCUGCACGCGCUGACCUACCUUCUUUUCGUCGCACUCACGACCCUCGAGGAAACGCUCGCCACGUCGGGGUACUCCAUCGUACCAGGAAUCAUUAUGGGCGGCAUGGCGCGCAGGACGGCGAUGCAUUACGCUGCUGGUAAUAAGCGUGGAGGGGAUUUUGGAAACUGGGGUGUGCUGGACUGGGUACACGGCACCAGCUUGGGGAGGGACGUCAUGGACGAUCUGCAGGCUGAGGUGGGCAAGCACGGGCCUGGGGCAGGCGGCUGCCGAGGCGGACUGGUGUUCGCUGACACUGACCCUAAAAGUGCCCCCGAACCUUAA